AUGGCGAGUUGCUCCUUCGCUCGCGACCAAGCGACAAGGAGACUCAGAGCUGCAGCAGCAGCGGCAGCGGCAGCUCUAACAGCGGUGGAGACCACCCCGCUUCUUUCCUCGGGAACCUCAACCGCACUCAUUGGGACCGGGUCGUCUUGUCCGGGAGCCAUGUGGCUCUCCACCGCCACUGGCUCCCGGUCAGACUCCGAAUCCGAAGAAGAGGACCUCCCCGUCGGGGACGAAGUCUGCAAACGCGGCUACUUGCGGAAACAGAAGCAUGGACACAGGCGCUACUUCGUGCUCAAACUCGAGACCGCUGACGCACCAGCUCGUUUGGAAUACUACGAAAAUGCUCGGAAGUUCCGGCACAGUGUCCGCGCGGCAGCGGCUGCUGCCGCGGCGGCUGCCUCUGGUACCGCGGUGCCCGCUCUCAUCCCACCGAGGCGGGUGAUCAACUUGUACCAAUGUUUCUCCGUGAGCCAGAGAGCUGAUGCAAGGUACCGACACCUCAUUGCUCUUUUCACCCAGAACGAGUACUUCGCGAUGGUGGCCGAGAACGAGUCGGAGCAAGAAAGCUGGUACUUGCUGCUCAGCCGCCUCAUCCUCGAGAGCAAGCGUCGCCGCUGCGGCACGCUGGGCGCGCAGCCGGACGGAGAGCCGGGCGCGCUGGCGGCUGCAGCGGCGGUGGAGCCACCCUUCUAUAAAGAUGUGUGGCAGGUAGUAGUCAAACCCAGGGGGCUGGGGCACAGAAAAGAGCUGAGCGGUGUGUUCCGGCUGUGUCUCACUGACGAAGAGGUCGUGUUUGUGAGGCUGAACACCGAAGUAGCCAGCGUGGUCGUCCAGCUCCUGAGCAUCCGCCGCUGCGGGCACUCGGAACAGUAUUUCUUCUUGGAAGUUGGCAGGUCUACUGUUAUCGGUCCAGGGGAACUAUGGAUGCAGGUCGAUGACAGUGUAGUUGCCCAAAACAUGCACGAGCUGUUUUUGGAGAAGAUGAGAGCCUUGUGUGCAGACGAAUACAGAGCCCGCUGCCGCAGCUACAGCAUCAACAUUGGCGCCCACCUGUUAAACCUGCUGUCCGCUAGGAGGCACCUAGGCUUUCUGCCGCUGGAGCCUGGCGGCUGGCUCCGAAGGUCUCGCUUUGAGCAGUUUUGCCACCUCAGGGCCAUCGCUGAUGGGGAAGAGGAGAUGCUCUUCACCAGGCGCUUCAUAACACCCAGCGAGCCCGUGCCUCCCUCCAGGCAUAGAAGGCUGCAGCAGCCCAGACCACGCAGGUCCAGGAGAGCAAUUUCAGUGCCAGCCAGCUUUUUUCACCGCUUAGCGUCGAGCCCGGUACGUUCUCCUCACCCUGAAGAAUCCCCCAAGGACGGAGCUAGUGAAGGCUCAGGCUCCAGCCCCGGAAACUCUAGCGAAAAGGGCAAAGAGAGCAAAGAGAGUCAGGAAGGAAGCGGAGGUGACUACAUGCCCAUGAACAAGUGGGGUUCAGGAAAUGGACGGGGCCCUGGAGGUGGCCAGGGCGCGAGUGGCCAAGGCUCCAGUAACCAGAGUUCAGGGGGAAACCAGUACUCCAGCGGAAGGCAGGGAUCUGCAGGAGGCCAGGGCGCAAGUAGUGGUGCAGGCUCUGGAGGUCAGGGCUCAAGAAGUCAAGGUGCUGGAGGAAAUCAGUCCCCAGGAGAUAGCCAGGGAACCACAGGUGCCCAUGGCUCAGACUAUGGCCAGAGACCUGGAGGUAGGCAUGGCUUAGGUGGUGGCCAGGAACUGGGAGAUGGCCAUGGCUCAGGUGCUGGCAAGAACUCAGGAGGGAGCAAAAGUUCAGGAAGUGGGAAAGGCAUUGAUGGCGAUGGUGACCGUGGAAAACCUCUGAAAAAAAGAUCCUAUUUUGGCAAAUUAACUCAAGGCAAGCAACAGCAAAUGGGGCUUCCUCCCCCCCCACCACCACCACCCCCAAUAGCUGGACCAUCUAAUGGAAAAGGCAAGUCUGCAGGAAGGUUCCGACUUUAUUUUUGUGCUGAUAGAGGAGCCACAAAAGAGCGCAAAGAGUCCAAAGAGAUGAGAGAUAUAGAGGCUCCUGGAGGUGCACCUCGGUGGUCCCACAGAGCCAGAGCUUUUGAUGAUGAUGAGGAUGAUCCAUAUGUGCCAAUGAGACCAGGGGUGGCUGCCCCUCUCACAAGCUCCAGCGACUACAUGCCAAUGGCUCCUCAAAAUGUCUCUACUUCACAAAAGCGCCACUCUCGGUCACCAUUUGAAGAUUCAAAAGGAUACAUGAUGAUGUUUCCCAGAGUGAGUCCGCCACCUGCCCAGAGUGCUCCCAAAAUGCCUGAUCCUGACAAACAGGAUGACUCAAAGGAUGAUAGCGACGGUGACUACAUGUUCAUGGCUCCAGGAGCUGGUGCAAUUCCCAAAAACCCGAGAAAUCUUCAGGGCGGCUCCUCCUCCAAAAGUUGGAGCUCCUACUUCUCUCUGCCUAAUCCUUUUCAGAGCUCACCCUUGGGACAAAGUGACCACAGUGAGUAUGUACCAAUGUUACCUGGAAAAUUACUGGGGAGGGACCUGGACAAAGAAGGUUCAUCAAACUGGGGUUUCAAAGAUAGAGCUUCAAAGCCUAUUCUUGAGGGAUCAUUCUCAAAGCCUGGAGAUGGUAGAUCACCUUCAAAGCCUUCAGAUGAUGGGCCCCCAAAGAAUAAGGCUAAGAGACCUAACCGACUGUCUUUUAUUACAAAAGGAAAUAAAAUCAAGCCCAAACCACAAAAGCCCACACAAAAACAGAGAGAAGCUGACAGCUCUAGUGGUUAUGUCAACAUUGACUUCACUAAAAGAGAUAGCAGUAUGCCAGCCCCCUCUGCUCAAGGACUGCCACAUUCAUUGGGCAUAAUUGCUGACUGCAGACUGUCAGCCUUUUCUAAUUAUAUGAAUGUUGAAUUCAGAGUGUCAUUUCCAAAUCCAGCAAGCCACCUCUCAGAUCUUUUAAGAGCUAUCCCAAAUGCUAACCCCUUAUCUCUGGAAGGUGCUAGGUGGCCAUGUCCUCCUCUUCCUCCCAUAGCUACAGGUAGCAAUGGUAAUGUGGAAGAGAGUGACUACAUUGAAGUAAUUUUCAACCCAGCAAUGACACCAGCCCUGCCUUUUCCUGACAGUACCAUUCGCUAUGAUGCUGAAACAGGUCGAAUCUUUGUGGUCGACCCAUUUUCUGAAUGCUGUAUGGACAUUUCUCUCUCCCCUAGCAGAUCCUCUGAACCACCACUUCUAGCCAGGCUGCUGCAGGAAGAGGAGCAAGAGACAAGACGCUCACAAAGCCGUUCACAAAGUUUCUUUGCAGCCGCCAGAGCAGCUAUUUCGGCUUUCCCGACUGAUAACCCCCAAAGAGAAAUUUCCAAUGCCCCCUCCUCAGCUGCAGCACUAGCAACUGCGCCAACCGUAGGGUUAGGCCGGGUGUUAGCUGCGGCCUCUGCGCUCCAAGUGGCCCCGGGCUUAGGCGCAGCCGCCGCGGAUUUACAGACUGCGGCUGGGUUUAACUCCACCUCCACCCACUGUUUCCAACCUGUUGCUAAUGCUGCUGAUAUGCAGGCAGUAAGGGAGGCCCUGGACAAUGCCGCUGGCUCUAAUCUUAGAGUCCCGAAUCCAGCUGCAGAUCUUGCCAGAGGUGAGAAUGCAGCUGGUGGGGUUGAUGCUGCAGCUGAGGCUCCACCACCUCCACCGCGCCACCGUUGGGUGCCGAGACCUCCUGAGACAGACAAGUCCGAAGACGACAAUGACGACACUGACAACACUUAUGUGAGAAUGGACUUUGCCAGACCUGACAACAAGGAGUUUCACUCUCAGAAAAGAGGUUAG